AUGGCCGCACGCGGAGGAUACUCUGUCGUGGUCUUCCUGCUCGACAUCUCGCCCUCCAUGGGCGAGGCGCAGGCUGACCCGGGUGGGUCGGGCGUCAAGAAGAGCCGCCUCCACUGGGCAAAGGAGUACAUGGCCCGCAUUUGUGAGGACAAGGUACACGCUGCACGCAAGACUGAUCACGUCGGUGUGGUCACAUUCGGUGGUAACACGAACAACGACACUCACAACAACUGGGUCAAGAACAACCCCGACGACGACCAAGUCUACAACAACAUUGCGAGCGAGGUGGCUAUCCAGAGCACCAAGCCCAAGCUCCUCGAGGCGAUCAUGAAUGCCCAGGUCGGACAGAACGACGGCAAUCCCGUGGAGGCUCUCCUCGUCGCCCUCGACAUGAUUCAGAAUCACAAGCACAGCAAGAUGUGGACGCUCGAUAUCGUCCUCCUUACCGAUGGCGAGACGGCGUUUGAGCAAGACUCGUUUGACGUUGCCAUGGAUCUGAUCGACAAGUUGGGCGUCAGGCUUACUCUGCUCGGCCUUGGUUUUGAAGCCCCACCCGCCCCCGUUUCCAAGGACAAGUCACGCAACAAGCGCUUGUCUGAGAAAUUCUGGCGCACGUUUAUCAAGACGCUGCACGACAACGUCAGCAAGACGACCGAAUCGGACAGCUUCCUCCCCAAGCUCCACCCCUUUGAGCCCAAGCUCAUCACGGCACGUCGCCCCAGGCCAGCCACUGUCAACGGCACGCUGUCCCAAUCCACACUGUGGAUUGGCUCGGAGCAGGUCAACGACCAGGAGGUCGUCAAGAUUCCCUUCAAGUUCUCCAAGGCGACCAUGAAAGCCCGUCCGCCUUCCUUGUCGAAAGCGUGGAAGGCCGCUGUCGAGAUGCAGAACCCCAACGCCAAUGCCCGUCGUGGUGCCGAGGCAAGCCAGAUGAUGUCUUCCAUUGCAGAGAUGCAAUCCCAGGCCCAGUCACAGCACCAGUCCAUCCCGCAGGCAGGCGACUUGGCAUCCAUGCUCUCCGCCGAGGUCAAACGCCAUCCGACGUACUUUAUCAAGCGCACAGCUCCAGAGGCCGCCCCGGCCACCCAGGGAACCCAGACGCAACUGUCCCAGGCUCCUCCCGUCACCCAGAAGGGCGAGCUAGAGGAGGAGGAGGAGGAAGAAGAGGACGGAGACUUCCCAAUGGGCGAGGAAGAUGAGGUGGUUGACAAGGAGGAUAUUGUCAAGGCCUAUCGUUUCGGCUCGAGCUGGAUUCCCAUGGAGGCCGACACAUUCGAUCCUCUGCGUACCCAAAAGGGCGUCGAGGUCAUUGGCUUUAUCCCCCAGAAGAAUAUUCGCAGGUACAUGCUCAUGGGCGAGGUGCGCUACAUGUGGCCCGACCAAAGCCAGCCCAAGGUGCAGAUCCAGUUUUCGUCCUUUGUCGAGGCCCUCAUGACGACGGGUAUGGCCGCCAUCACGCGCUGGGUGUAUAGGGACGGCUCCGACCCCGAUAUUGGUGUCGCUGUUCCCGACCAGACCUUCCCCGGUGAGGGCAAGAAGCUCGAUCUCAUGUACUGGGCUCGCCUGCCGUAUGCCGACGACGAGCACAAGUUCUACUUCCCCAGCUUGACAAAACUCAAGACGGCACAGGGUAAAGACAUCACGGAACACCCGUAUAUACCUACCAAGCAGCAGUGUGACUUGAUGGACGAGCUCGUCAAGCAGAUGGACCUCGACACGGUCAAGCCGCCCAAGGUACCCGGAGAGGAGAGCGAAGAGGAGGAAGAGGACGAAGACUUGGACGAAGACUCGGACAUGGAGGAUGCCGACAAGGACAACGGUCCCAAGAACACUUGGUUCAACCCAGCUCGAUCUGUCAACCCUUCUCUCCACCGCAUCAAGGAGGCCAUUUUCCACUCAGCCUUGACACCAGACCUUGACGCCAACCCACUUCCUCCACCACACCCGGAGCUCACCCAGUACAUGAAGACACCCGAGGAGCUGGGUAUCAAGGUCGAAAAGAUCACGGAGCAGCUCAAGGCCGCGCUGGAUAUCAAAAAGGUUCCUCCCCGUACCCGCAAGCGUGCCGCCAAGGAGGGCAUGCGUGAGGACGAGGGAUUCAUUGACCUCGACGAGCUCUUUGCCGGUCCAAGUGGCACCUUUGUGCCUCCCAACAUUCCCGAUACCCAGGUCAAGAACGAGCUUUUAUCACCUAGCAAGCCAGACCGCAAGCUGGAUGUCGAGGACGACAAGCCCGUCACAGACGAAAAGCCCGACUAUGAGAAUGAUCCCGAUUUCCUCCCCAGCAAGAUGCCAAAGUCCAGGCCCAAGCCCGGAAGGCUGAUCAGCAACGAGCAGCCUCUCCAGGACUUUAGACGCCUGGUCGAUGGCGAUGGAGAUGUGUUCCGCAAGGCCAUCCAGGACCUCGGCGUUGUGGUCAAGGAGAAUGUCGCUGCGUCAUUCUCCCACUCGGCCUUUCCCCUGGCACUCAAGUGUCUCGAAGAGAUGCGUUCCACGGCUUUGACGUACGAGGAAACCGAGACGUACAACGACGCCAUUGAUGACCUGGAAAGGACGGUCAAGGGUGCCGGCUUUAAACACCCCGAUUUCUGGGACCACUUUGACAAGGCCGGCAAGACCGUGGCCAAAAUCACCCCGGACGAGGCAAUGGAGGCGCUCGAGGAUUAUGACGAGUAG